AUGACCACCUCACCAUCAUCGCCACCAAAGACAAUGACACGCACAAAGUCGGCGUCGAGCACGUCCGCCCACGGUCUGCUGAGCCAAUCGCUCAACAACAGGGCUGAGCAAACCGGCGGUCAACAACAGCAACAACAUGCGGAUGGAGUGGGCGCAAAGAAGGGAAUAAUCAACGGCGCGUCCACAGUCAAGACUGCUUCACCAUCGUCCAGCGAGCAGAACAAGGUCCACCUGUCACAGCAGUUCCAGCACACACAGGACUACUGCAAGACACUGCUGUCUGAGAUCCAGUUCCUCGAGCGUCUGCUCCAGGAUCAGAUCUCGCAGCGCAACAGCAACACGCGCACCAACAAGGCGGCGACGGGCGGCAGCGCCGACAAGGAGAUGUCGCUGCGCGAGGGCGAUAUAGAGAGCGAGGAGGUCGAGCUACUGCGCUAUGAGGACCAGCUCAAACAGAUGAUCGCCUCCAAGAAGCAGGACCUCCGCGCCGUCAUUGCGCAGACCGACAAGCACCAACCGACUCAAAAGCGCUCAGCCUUCCUCAAGUCUGGCACCGUUAUCUCAAUCUUCCCCUCGGUCAUCGAGGAGAGGCUAUGUUCCUCGCUGCCUCUGGUCCGUCUGGAGAAGCCCAAGAUCAGAAAGACAAAGACACUCGACAAGGAUGCAUCUUCCAAUGAUACCACCGUUGUAAUAUCGAUCAAUGGGGAGGACAACAAUAACAACAAUAAUAAUAACGACGAUGACAACACUGAUACCGCGAGCAAUGAUGGUGGUACCAACAACAAAGAGGAUGGUUCAUCUCCACCACCAGCAGUCACAGAGCAUAGUACCAUCAAUGAUGAGGUUGUUGUUGGCGAGGAUACACAAUCAACAGCAGCAGCAACAGAGUCCAAAACUUCCACAACAACAACAACUACUACUGCCGCAACCGAAGGAAAAGACGACAAUAGAGUGGAGCUGUUGGAGUCAACAUCAUCAUUGUCCAACUCUCAGAUCAUUUCCAACAACCUCUUACCCAAGCCCAUUACAACUCUUAUCGGACCCAACGCAGAGCUGCCCGAAGAUGAACAACUCUUCAACUCAUCAGUGUGCUGCAAGUCAAACUCAUCAUAUCCCAAGCAUGCCGUCUCUGGCCGAAGGCAAGGAGACCCAAUAUGUGAUCGUUUCAAAGUCAGCAUAUAUCGAGACAAUAUCAUCGCCACGUUGGCCGAUGGAUGUAAUUGGGGCCGUCUGCCAUUCGAAGCGGCAACCAACGCCACCAAUGCAUUCCUCGCCUUUAUGGAGGAGAACUAUCACGAGAUCAACACUAUUAGAAAGGCCGGCUCCUUCCUGCUGGGCGCCAUGACCGCCGCCCACAAGGGAGUGAUCGCAGGCAAGUCCGAGGUCUGGGAGAGUGGCACCACCACACUGAUAGGCGGCCUGCUGUCCAAGAUCAGAAGGAGCAAGAACGACAACCUCAAGAACAUGUCCAAGAGCCUCCGUGAGUCGACCGAGGCCGAGUGGGUGUUCACAGGUGUCACAUUGGGCGACUGCAAGUCAUUCCACUACUCAAAGAAACUCAAGGUAUUCUCAGACAUCACCAAGGGCAACAGACAGAACCUGUCCGAUGCCAGAGACCCAGGUGGACGACUUGGACCCUACGUGGGCAACGGUGAGCCAGACCUCAGGAACCUCAGCGUCUUUUAUAAGCUCUGUGAUCAAGAUGAUCUGAUCCUCUUGCUCAGUGAUGGUGUACAUGAUAACCUAGACCCACAACAACUUGGAGUCACACCUAGGGAGCUUGGAAUAGAUGCCGAUACAUGGGACCUGUCCGGUCAGAAGUAUCCCGAUGAGACGGACCGUGUCAAGAACAACUUUAGGACCAAUUGGCUACAUGAACACUUCAAUCAAGACGACCAACUGACGCCUCAAUAUAUCACCAACCAACUCCUGAAACAUUGCACAGAGACAACACAGACCAGCAGAGACUUUAUGGAGAACACUUCAAAGAAGCUUCCACAAGACUACAAACUUUAUCCUGGUAAAAUGGAUCACAACACUUGUAUUUGCUUUAGAGUUGGAAACAACAGCCUAAAUUGA